CCCAGAUGUCGUUGCCGGCGAAAAGACGCGCUACGGGGAUGCCGUCUUCAAGCUGAGCGCGCGGGAUCCGGUUGUGGCGCGCUCGAUUUCCUUAUUCGCGCCAAAAUCCCCCAUGCCCAUACCAUAUAAUUGUUGUUCUCUUAGAGCUCCGCCGUCAUUCGUCGCCGUCGAGAUGGAGCCCAACAGCGACCCCCCCGUCCAGGAAGGACAAAGUUGUUCCUUUGGGUCGGAUGGGCAAGGUUCCAGCGGCGUCUUCAGCGGUGACGACGAUGGCGCCAAGCAACUUCAUCUGCGGCAACGGCUGCAGAUCCGGCUUGGCGGUGGCCCUCUUCCAUGCUGCCGGCGGCCCAUCCCCUUCCUCAUGAUUGAGCGAGUUGCUGCUGAUCAUUUUCCUGCUGCGUGCAUGCUGCUACCGUGAAGCUGUUGUGGUCAUGUCCCAGAUCCAUAGCGAGGUGAAUCUUAAGUUGAAAGAGAACGCCAGGGAGGCUCUUUGUUUGCUUGUGAGUGAAAUAAUUCUUUACAAUUAUAGUAUGAACAUUUGUAAUCUCUGACUGUGGGUAUAA